GUGGAAAUAGGGGAAGGGGUCAGAUUUAUCCUGAUGGUAGCAAAAGUAACAAUACAGUUUAUAAUGCUACGGCAGGAGGGAUAAUAAGCAAAAUUUUACGAAAAGAAAAAGGGGGAUACGAAAUAACCAUAGUGGAUGCAUCGAAUGAACGCCAAGUAAUUGAUAUUAUCCCUCGAGGCCUAGGACUUCUUGUUUCAGAGGGCGAAUCCAUUAAACUCGAUCAACCAUUAACGAGUAAUCCUAAUGUGGGUGGAUUUGGUCAAGGGGAUGCGGAAAUA